GGGCGGAGGAGGCCGAAGAUGGCGGCGCCGCCGCGGCGCUCGCAGCACCACCACCACCACCACCACCACCCGCCGCUGCCGCCGCCGCCCGGGCCGGCCUCCCCGCCGCCGCCGCCGCUCGCCGCCUCGCCGCCGCGCAGCCCCAGCCUGGCGCCGGCCGAGCUGGCGGCCGCCGUGCAGCGGCACAGCCUGGCGGGCCCCGAGGGCGAGGCCCCGCUGGACGCCGAGCGGCCUCCGGCACCGGAGGGCCCCGAGGGAGCGGGUGUCGCCGCGCCGGGCCCGCCGGCCGGCUCGAGCAGCAGCUCGGCCUCCUCCUCCUCCUCCUCGUCCUCCUCCUCGUCCUCCUCCGUGGCGUCGAGCCCGGCGGCGGAGAGCCCCGAGGCGGCGAGCGGGGCCUUCCGCGAGCUGCUGGAGGCCUGCCGCAAUGGGGACGUGACGCGCGUCAAGCGCCUGGUGGACACCGGCAACGUGAACGCCAAGGACAUGGCCGGCCGCAAGUCCACGCCGCUCCACUUCGCCGCCGGAUUUGGAAGGAAGGAUGUCGUAGAGCACUUGCUACAGACGGGAGCCAGCGUUCAUGCUCGUGAUGAUGGAGGGCUGAUACCCCUUCACAACGCCUGCUCUUUUGGUCACGCUGAAGUGGUUAGCCUGUUGCUGUGUCAAGGGGCAGACCCAAAUGCUAGAGACAAUUGGAACUACACUCCUUUGCACGAAGCUGCCAUCAAGGGGAAGAUAGAUGUGUGUAUUGUACUGCUGCAGCACGGAGCUGAUCCAAACAUUCGGAACACCGAUGGGAAAUCUGCGCUGGAUCUGGCAGACCCUUCAGCAAAAGCUGUACUCACAGGUGAAUACAAGAAGGACGAACUCCUGGAAGCUGCUAGGAGUGGUAAUGAAGAAAAACUAAUGGCUUUAUUGACACCUUUAAAUGUGAACUGCCAUGCAAGUGAUGGGCGCAAGUCGACGCCUUUACACCUAGCAGCAGGCUAUAACAGAGUACGAAUAGUCCAACUUCUGCUUCAGCACGGUGCAGAUGUUCAUGCAAAGGACAAAGGUGGUCUUGUGCCUCUUCACAAUGCAUGUUCAUAUGGACACUAUGAGGUUACAGAGCUGCUACUUAAGCAUGGUGCCUGUGUUAAUGCUAUGGACCUCUGGCAAUUUACACCCUUGCAUGAGGCUGCUUCCAAGAACCGUGUAGAAGUCUGUUCCCUCUUGCUGAGUCAUGGUGCGGAUCCCACAUUAGUCAACUGCCAUGGCAAGAGCGCAGUCGAUAUGGCUCCAACACCUGAACUGAGAGAGAGGCUGACCUAUGAAUUCAAAGGACAUUCUUUACUGCAAGCAGCAAGAGAGGCAGAUCUAGCCAAAGUGAAAAAGACACUUGCUUUGGAGAUCAUCAAUUUUAAGCAGCCACAGUCACAUGAGACUGCACUGCACUGUGCUGUGGCUGCUGUGCAUCCCAAGCGGAAGCAAGUUACAGAAUUAUUGCUCAGGAAAGGAGCGAAUGUUAAUGAGAAAAACAAAGAUUUCAUGACACCUUUGCAUGUUGCAGCUGAGAAAGCCCAUAACGAUGUCAUGGAAGUUCUGCAUAAACAUGGAGCAAAGAUGAAUGCACUGGACACACUUGGUCAAACAGCAUUGCACAGGGCUGCUUUAGCAGGUCACUUGCAAACCUGCCGGCUCCUGCUGAAUUAUGGCUCUGAUCCCUCCAUCAUCUCUUUACAAGGCUUCACAGCAGCACAGAUGGGAAACGAAGCAGUGCAACAGAUACUAAGUGAAAGUACACCUGUGCGUACUUCUGACGUGGAUUAUCGGUUGUUAGAAGCAUCCAAAGCUGGAGAUUUGGAAACUGUGAAGCAACUUUGCAGCCCUCAGAAUGUGAAUUGUAGAGAUUUGGAAGGCCGUCAUUCGACACCACUGCACUUUGCUGCAGGAUAUAACCGUGUAUCAGUGGUGGAGUAUCUGUUGCAUCAUGGGGCAGAUGUGCAUGCCAAAGAUAAAGGUGGCUUAGUACCCCUGCAUAAUGCCUGUUCUUAUGGACACUACGAAGUGGCUGAACUCUUAGUGAGGCAUGGUGCUUCUGUCAAUGUAGCAGACCUGUGGAAAUUCACUCCUCUACAUGAAGCAGCUGCAAAAGGAAAAUAUGAAAUCUGCAAACUGCUAUUAAAACACGGAGCUGAUCCAACAAAAAAGAAUCGAGACGGGAACACUCCUCUAGAUUUGGUGAAAGAAGGAGACACAGAUAUCCAGGACUUACUGCGAGGAGAUGCUGCUUUGCUUGACGCUGCCAAGAAAGGGUGCCUGGCACGAGUGCAGAAGCUGUGUACUCAAGAAAAUAUCAAUUGCAGAGACACCCAGGGAAGAAAUUCAACUCCGCUACAUCUUGCAGCUGGUUACAACAAUUUGGAAGUCGCUGAAUACCUUCUUGAGCAUGGUGCUGAUGUUAAUGCCCAGGACAAAGGAGGAUUAAUACCCCUACAUAAUGCAGCAUCCUAUGGGCAUGUGGAUAUUGCAGCGUUAUUGAUCAAAUACAAUACAUGUGUAAAUGCAACAGAUAAGUGGGCAUUCACACCACUGCAUGAAGCAGCACAAAAAGGAAGGACGCAGCUUUGUGCUCUGCUGUUAGCUCAUGGAGCAGAUCCAACCAUGAAGAAUCAAGAGGGUCAGACACCACUAGACCUGGCUACAGCUGAUGAUAUCCGAGCUUUGCUGAUAGAUGCGAUGCCUCCAGAAGCUUUGCCUACGUGCUUUAAGCCUCAAGCUACUGUUGUUAGUGCCUCCCUGAUCUCACCGGCAUCUACACCAUCCUGCCUCUCUGCUGCCAGCAGUAUAGAUAACCUCACUGGGCCACUGGCAGAACUAGCAGUAGGAGGGACAUCAAAUGCUGGCGAUGGAGCGGCAGGAACUGAAAGGAAGGAGGGAGAAGGUGCAUUUGCUGCUGGACAACUUUGCAUUGCCAGAAUUUCUGGUCUUGACAUGAACAUCACCCAGUUCCUGAAAAGCCUGGGUCUUGAACACCUUCGGGACAUCUUUGAGACAGAACAGAUAACCCUGGAUGUGUUGGCAGACAUGGGACACGAGGAGCUUAAAGAAAUAGGGAUUAAUGCCUAUGGACACCGCCACAAAUUGAUAAAAGGUGUGGAGAGACUUCUAGGAGGCCAGCAAGGCACCAAUCCUUAUUUAACUUUCCACUGUGUGAGUCAGGGGACCAUUCUCCUUGACCUUGCUCCUGACGAUAAGGAGUAUCAGUCCGUUGAAGAGGAGAUGCAAAGCACAAUCCGGGAGCACAGGGAUGGUGGAAAUGCUGGCGGGAUCUUCAACAGGUACAAUGUCAUCAGGAUCCAAAAAGUCGUGAAUAAGAAGUUGCGGGAGAGGUUCUGUCACAGACAGAAGGAGGUCUCAGAGGAGAAUCACAACCAUCACAACGAGCGCAUGUUGUUUCAUGGGUCUCCUUUUAUUAAUGCAAUAAUUCAUAAAGGAUUUGAUGAAAGACAUGCAUACAUUGGAGGAAUGUUUGGAGCUGGAAUUUACUUUGCAGAGAACUCCUCAAAAAGCAACCAGUAUGUGUACGGGAUAGGGGGAGGCACAGGCUGUCCCACACACAAAGACAGGUCCUGUUACAUCUGCCACAGACAAAUGCUGUUCUGUAGAGUGACCCUUGGGAAAUCCUUCCUUCAGUUCAGUACAAUGAAAAUGGCUCAUGCCCCUCCAGGACACCAUUCUGUUAUUGGCAGGCCAAGUGUGAAUGGACUUGCAUACGCUGAAUACGUUAUCUAUAGAGGAGAACAGGUAGGCAUACCCGGAAUAUCUUAUUACGUACCAGAUUGUGAAACCAGAAGCUCCCUCACAGACAGCAACAGCAGCAGAGCAAAAGACCUAGUAGCUACAGAUCAGUGAAGAAGGAUAUGAGUUCAGUCUUGGACUGGGUGGAUGUGUGUUUCACAAUAUCAGUAUCAUAAAAUUCUUAACCUGCAGAUAAGCUGUAUGUCUUUUAUAAAGCAUUGCUGUCUUGAUGAAUAUGGUAUGAGUAACUCUUGCAUACUCAACUGCUACUGUUCCUUUUGAGGAAGGUUUACAAGAGACUGCCUUUUAAUAAUAUAUCUCAGGCUCCUAGUCUCUGCAGUUACCAUGUGUAAAAUAAUGUUGUUUUGAUCUAGACUUUGGAAACGUUGUGCAAACAGAAGUCUUUUUCACAGCCAUCUCACAUGUUAAAAUUUCAGACACUACUGUUUUGGUUAUUUUAUUUGCAGAUAAAUUGCAUUAAGCCCGUAAUUUUCUUUUCAGCAUGCAGCACUCAUUUUAUGUUUUCAAGAGAUGUUAGUCAACUAUUUAUUUUCCUUUUGUAUUCUGAAGUUGAGCCAGAACCUUCUUAAAGAUAUUUUGCACAAAGUCAAGUUGACUAAAACCAUUAAAAAUGUAAUAUGAAUUUCAUCUGAGAAGGGGCUAGGUCCAGUUCUUCAAUAUAGGGUUUUUUGCACAUCUCUGAGCAAACAGUACUAAUGAGUGAGUGGAACUUUGGAAUGGAAACAAAUUGUGUCAAUUUGCUGCUUUGCGUAAAUUUCCAGGGGUGACCCAUAGGAAGUGUUUGGAAGUGUAAAAAAACAGCUCUUGUACUUGAAAGAACUUCAUAUAGCAGGUCAGUGCCCUCCCCUGGUAUCUCUAAAAGAACAUUUCACAAGGCUGCUAUUAAGUACAUGCGGUUCGUGAAAUGUUCCCCAGUUACAGUGGCAUAUGGUUUUGCUGGAAGAUGGGUGAAAAGUCAGAAGGUUGCAUGUACAAGAAUGUGUCUGGGUCUCAUUCCUCUCUUUACUGAGACCUAGUAACUGGGUUUCAGACUAGUAAGGGAGAGCGUUACAGCAGUUUAGCGUCACAUCUGUGUGACACCAGAGUUGAACAACUCGUGAUUUACAAUUUUUUUAAAAACAUGGCUUUUACAUUUUGAUGAGAACAAACUUGUAAUAAUAAUCAGUUAGCAAGUGGAUUUGUUUACAGGUGUAUGAGAGAGCAAAGCUAGGAUUUAUGCAUCCUAAUCCCCUUCCAUGCAAGUUCCCAGGUUUAUUUUGUUGGGUAGGAGAAAGUUAUUUUUAAUCAUUGCAUAGCAGAGCACCAAACAACUUCAUAAGUCUCCCUCAUGAAGGAUAUAGAUUUACCAAAAGUGGAGAUCAAUUUCUUUUUUUAAGUUGUUUUUACAACUUCAGAGAAGGUUGAAAAUCAAGCCAUGGUAGUUUGUUUUUUGGUUGUUUUGUUGUUGUUGUUUUAAACAACCAAUGUCAUGUGUUUCAGUGUUGGGCACAUAAUGACUGGAGAUAAAAUGUUCCUUUGAACAGGGUGUACAUUUCCCUGUCAACCAGCACUGCUGAAUAACUGAUGAUCCAGUUCAUGCAUUCAGGCUUUAUCGCCCCUUAAGCAAGGAAAUGACAGAAUAGUGUGCUUUUAGUUUACAAAAACGUGCUCCCUGCAAGUGGGAUUUGCUGAUGUGUUUGGACAAAACAGACUUUAACCUGAAGAGUUUUUCACUUUCAGCUUUAAGACACAAAGUUUUCAUUUUUAGCAUUAAGACAUUAAUGUUGCAGCAGGUUAUCCUCAUAGAGGAAUUUCACCCAUUGUAAAAUUAGUCAUCUGAUGCAGUUUGGCUACCUGCACAUUGUCUGUUUGUAAUAUCUAUAAAGAAAACCUUAGAAAUAGCAAUACACUAGCAGAUCUUGAGCUUUGGAUUUUAUUUUUAUUGAGCUGGCACUGGAUUUAUGGUUUCCACUUCAUUUUGUGACCUGAUGAAAUAUGUAGCUUUGAAGUCCAAGCCAGGCUCUAGCCUAGAUGUCCUUUUAAAUCAAAUAUCAUUGAUAAAAUCGGAUGCUUGUAUUUUGGCUACUUGUUUAAUAGUGUUAGGGUUGGAAAGAUCACCACUAGGCUUUGAAGAUUUGUAUUCAUCAUUUAAGUUUGGGGUUUGUUUUUAAUUUAGUUAAUAAUGGAGUGGGGGGAUGUGCCUAUCUACACUAGGGUUUCAGAUAGUGGUGUGAGUGAGUGUUGCUCACCAUCCCCAUUAGACAUAGUUUUAAAUGGUAAAAAAUUGUGCUGCUUAAGUGAGCAAAACGGUUAAUGUGGGUGUGGAAGUUCAAAGCUUUACAUCUUUGAAAAACAAGAACAAACCUAAAAACAAAAAACCCACCAUGCUCAUACCAGAUUUUGUUCUUGUUUGUUGCUUCCCGUGUGCUAAUUGAACUACAUCUGGAUUUCUUCAGGAGCCUUCAGCUUCUAGAGGAUAAAAAUAUGUUGUUCAGUAUUUUUGAACUGCCAGUGUUACGUAUCUGGUGUUCCGUGCAGAGUAAAGGUGCUGCGUGAGGAAAUCAUUUUGCAGUGGCUUUUGUUUUGUAAUGGCGUGAUCUCCUUUCUGUUUGUGGCCAGACACAGAGGAAAACCAGGUCUGAUGAGACUGUGUGUCAUAGAAGACUGUGCAGGAGCAGCGUGUGCCUCUGCUGGUGUACCUUGUUGUAGUUCCUUCUACAGUUUAAAACAAAGUGAGGAUCUGCCUAUUGGUAUUAAAGUUCCCCAUGAAAAACCUGAUCGUGGUUUUGAUGGUAGAGCUCCAGCUGGCAGACUUUUACAGUGCAGAUGUUGCUGCUGCUGCUUUAGCCAAGGGAAUUAACUUGAAGCCUCCUUCUUCUAGAGAAUGGGGUGUGGCAGGUUGCCCCAUCCCUUCCUGAAAAGGGCAGUCCACUGAUAUGGGGGUGCUCCUUUGCAGCAUUGGGUCACCAGCGGAGAGUCACAGUAGGAACUGAGGAUGCAAGAACACACUGGGCUGAGCCAUCUCAUAGGCUUGGGAGGCUGGGCACCUCCCACUGACUCCAGGAAAAGCUGUUACCCAUGGGACAUCAUCUGGUGUAUGCUGGGGAAGGAGACAGUUGCCUAGUUGAUCUAUCCAUGUCCUGUUGGGGAAAUGCUUAGAAACAUCUGUACAGUUUGUGACAGGACUUCUGUAGGCAAAACAGAAAAAUACUUCACCAUGUAGCGAGGACAGGAGGUUCUUGCUCUCCGUUGCUGAAACUGUUUCCAUGAGGCAGAGGCAUUAGGUACCUGGUGCAGUGACAUUGCAGUCUGAAUGCUGUCAAUAAAAAUGCUGUUGGAAUUAAAAACAGAAUACAGUCCCUUAGCAAAUUGUAUCUUAUUUUCUCAUCCUUCCAUCCAUAUGCCAAUCUUAUUGUGAUCCCAGCUCCAUGAAACUCCAUUGUACUAGUUUCAUAGUUUUGCAGCCACUAUUGUUCUCUAGUCCAAGGAAUGAGAAUUGUUUUUUUUUCUGACUUCUUGUGUUUUGAAUGUUUGCAUGUGAUGUGAUCAAAUUCCACUCCAUUAUGCAGCAGGAAUUUAUGUUGCCUGCAAAAUUCUAUACUUUGAUAAUGGAAUACCCCAAAGCAAAAUUUUACACUGGAACAAUAAGAAAGCCUCCCAAAAUGUUCUGCGUUGCUGUCUUUGGUGGGCAGUGGGCACAGAAUAGGUAUUGUAUAUGAAUCUGAAUAGCUUCUUGAGAAGGGUGCUUUGGCUCUGGAAACCAGCCUGUUCUAACUGUUCGUUGAAGCCAUAAGCAGAGGAGAUACCUGCUCCCCACGAAUGUGUGAAGUGCUGAGGGAUGCUGACAUGGUGUGCCACUGCACAGCCUGUCUGCUUAGAUAGCACCAAAUCUUCUCAGAAAGUCUCCUGCAUCCCUUCUGUGAAGGAACACCUCCUGUGUGCACAUGCACCACCUAGAAUUUCCAUGAGGGACUAUGAAGAGAAAUUAUCCAGGGACAGAUUUUUCCAAAAGAUGUGAAAAAAGGAUGGGUCCCAACCUCAAAAUAGGCCAAUUAGUUUUAACAUUGCUAAUCAUUCUCAGAAGCUGAAGGUCAGGAAGCAUGUGAAUUUAUUUUUAAUGGGAUUCUACGAUUCUCCCUUUCCAUGCUGCUCUGAAAAUCUAGCUCAGAUAUCCAGAAGGAUGUGUAUCCCAUGCACGUUUCGGUCAUUUUAGGUUAUGCUGCAACCCUCCUGGGUAAGACGUGGCAAAGCGUGGGUUCAGUUCACUCACAGGUAGCGAGUGACUUGGGAACCUUGGCAGACUUGAACCCACUGAUGGUCAGAGGCGGUGCCUUUGGCAUAGUUAGGAGCAUGCUCUCCUGAGCUUUCAGAGCACAGAGACAGAGUGGCAGUGUCCCCACCAAUCUGAACACAUAUUAGAUACAAAACCUAGAGAAUCAGAGGACAGCAUAUGCUGCUUGAAACUCCUGGAGGAAGGUAAAUGAGCCCUUGUGUCAGUAGGAAACAAGAAACACAUGCAUUCCUGUUAGCGCAUAAAACCUGAUGGCAUAUUAUUUGACUGGCUGUGAUAUAUCUAGUUCUAUCUUACUGAACCUCUUGGUGGCAAUUUCUAGUGUUGGUUCCGUUAAGUUGGUUACUAAUGUAGCUUGAUUAGAGAUCUCUAUUACAAGGUAAUUUUGACACUGUUUCUUCUUAACAUCUGCACUACUUGCUUCAGCUUUGGAAAUUGAAGUAUUUUCUUUGUUUUUCCCUUGCCACAGUCCUGUGAGCUUACGCAUCUUCAUCGCUCCUUCUGCCAACCCAAACAGCAGUGUACCUGGGGGUUGAGUUUUUAGACUUUUUUAUAUAGCUUGUCUUCAUAACUAGCCUUUUUUAUUUCCUCUCUUGGUUACCAAUUACCUGGAGCUGGGAUAUCAUUUUAUUUAUUUCCUCCUUUACCCUCUCUCUAAAAGAAGACAACGGGCAGGUUCUCAGCCUAUCUACAUGGUGGACCUUAGGUAACAUCGUUGUAACAACUGAGUUUGAAUUAUAAAUGUGCUUGGCUAAAUGUCUGAUCUGCAAUACUUGUAAUAGUUUAAAACUCAAUAAAUACAUUUUUAACAGCUGCUCUGUAAAAGCUGAGUGUUUGCACAAACUGCUGUUCCGGGAAGAGGCGCUCCUGGUGGCCUUCGGACAAACCCGCUCCAGACACAACUGUUGAAAACUGUUUUAUUAUUAUUUUCUCCAAACAAUUUGUUUUCUCCCUCCCUCAGGCAAUAAAUAAAAAGUUGA